GCCGCGCCUCGGGGCGGGGCGGGCCUGGCCGCUAUUAAAGGCCCUGCGCCAAGAUCUGCCGUGGUGGUGGUGUUGAGUGCGUGUGGGGCUAUGGCGACGUAUGUGCAGCUGAACACCGGGGCCAAGAUGCCCAUCCUGGGGCUGGGCACAUGGAAGUCCCCACCAGGAAAAGUAACAGCUGCAGUGAUGGCUGCUGUUGAUGCUGGGUACCGCCACUUUGACUGUGCCUAUGUGUACCAGAAUGAGAAUGAAGUUGGGGAAGGGAUCCAGCAAAAAAUCAAGGAAGGUGUUGUGAAACGAGAAGACCUCUUUGUUGUCAGUAAGCUGUGGUGCACAUUCCAUGACAAGCCUCUGGUGAAGGGAGCCUGCCAGAAGACUCUUGCCGCACUGCGGCUGGAUUACCUGGAUCUCUACCUCAUCCACUGGCCUCUUGGUUUUAAGGCAGGGGAGGAGCUGUUUCCCACAGAUGACAAAGGCAUGUCUAUACCCAGCAACACAGAUAUUCUACAGACAUGGGAGGCCAUGGAAGAGCUGGUGGAUGCUGGUCUGGUAAAAGCCAUUGGAAUCUCCAACUUUAACCAUGAGCAGAUAGAAAGAAUCUUGAACAAGCCAGGACUGAAAUACAAGCCUGCAAAUAACCAGGUUGAAUGCCAUCCAUACCUCACCCAGGAGAAACUGAUCAAGUACUGUCAAUCCAAAGGGAUUACUGUGACAGCAUACAGUCCUCUUGGUUCUCCUGACAGACCAUGGGCUAAGCCAGAGGACCCUUCCCUUCUGGAUGACCCUAAGAUUAAAGAGAUUGCAGCCAAGCACAAUAAGACCCCGGCACAGGUUCUCAUUCGGUUCCAUAUCCAGAGAAAUGUGAUUGUGAUUCCCAAGUCUGUCACUCCACAGCGCAUUGUGGAGAACUUCAAGGUGUUUGACUUUGAACUGACUAAAGAGGAGAUGGCAACUAUUCUCACCUUUAAUAGAAACUGGAGAGCCUGUGCAAUGAGCACGUGCAUGAAUCAUAAGGACUACCCUUUCAAUGCAGAAUACUGAAGAUGGUUUCCUGCCUUUCUCCAGACUUGCCAGAUAUGCUUCUGCUGUUGCCUGAGUUGUCUACAUAGCUUUCUUACUGCAUCAGGCCCUCCUUUUUCCUUUCUUUUCCCCCCC